CUCUCACACACCGACUCCCCCCACACACACACGGAGCCGCGGCCGCCGACGCACCCACUCCAGACGCGGCUGCGACAGGACCACUUCCACUGCGGCCGCGAGCCACGACGAACCCGAAGCCGAGCCCGAGGCGAAGACGCGCGCACCGAGGUCCGAAUAGUUCCGGAAACCGCGGCGCGUGGAGGUGUUUGGAGAAGUGUCCAGAAAAGCACUUUUUGGAGCGCGCGCAGAGCCCAGGGCGCAGACGGAGCUACAGCACCGACAGCACGGACACGGAGCCCCGAAAGACCCCACACCGACCACCGGGACCGGGUUCUGUUGGGUCACAUUCAGGGUCGUGUUUUACUCUGAGGACUCCCGGUGGCACCGCAGCCGCGCGCGUCAAACUUUGGGACUCGGAUCUGCGCCUUAACGAGGAAAAAAACUAACAACAACAACAACGUGUUUACGGCUUUGGCCCAGAACUUUAUUCAAGCCGUCCGGGUCCCGGUACCAACGGGGGCUCCCAGAGGCGGACCCCUCCACCGAAAACACGCGCGUCCGCGUGAGAUGUGGAAAACUUUGGAUCUCCGACACAUUUGAGAGACAGUGAACACCGCAUCAUCCCAGAGCUUCAGAGGACAGAAGUUGGAGGCGCGGAUGUGAAGGUCUGAGGUGGACCCUAAAGGUCACAGAGGAAGAUGACGGACAGGAGGGGGGGGGGACCGUCCCUGUGAAGACCCCCCAGAGCUGAGCCGGAGCAGGAGGCGCGCGGAUCGGGUUGUUUGGAGGCGGAUGGUGAAGAGAACAGACACGGCUCCAGUGUGAGAGUGAAGCGGCUAAUUGCUUAGUCCGUCCCUCAUUUCCAUAUCCAAUGCGCGUCCGCUGGACUCCAGCCAAUCCUCCCCACCUUCACACGGUGCCAUUAAUCGCGAGGCAUUAUUCACUAUCAUAAUUAUUAUACCGACAUGCGCAAACCGACGCGCAGCCACAUCAGCGGCACCGGCUAAUUCUGCACAUCCGUCCUGCGCCUCCAGACUAUUUGUCAACUUUUGCCUGUUUGAUUCCGUCGCUUCUUCGCUGAUGCAUCUGCAAAACGCAGACGCAUCCCGGAGCGCAAACGCAGACGCAUCUCCAGCCCCGACGGCAGCACCAUGUCCCGACGCAAGCAAGCCAAGCCGCAGCACCUCAAGUCGGACGAGGAGCCCGCGAUAGCCGGGGUGAUCUCCGAGCACGCCCGAGGCGACGUGUUGGACGACGCAGACAGCGGCAACGAGAGUCGCAGCGGCAGCGAAGAAACCCACGUAUGUGAGAAAUGUUGCGCCGAGUUCUUCAAGUGGUCCGACUUCUGCGAACACUUAAAGAGCUGCACCAAGAACCCGCUGGUGCUCAUCGUCAACGAUAAUGAGGACACGCCGAACCCCCCCCAGGAGUACGCCGAAGAGCCCUCCCCCAUACCCAGCUGUCCGAGCGAGCAGGACGACAGCGAGGACCCCAGGGAGGGCAACCACAGUCCAGUCGGGGAGGGGGAGGACGUCCCCGAGACGGCAACCCUGAACGGGGUCAACGUCCUGGACAAGGAGGACGAGCAGAUGGAGCUGGAACUUUCACCGGAGAAAAACAUGGACCCCGAAGAAAGAGAAGCGCCGUCCCCCGAGCCCGACGCCGCCCUACCUCAGCUCAACGACGCGGUCCCGUCUGCCGUCGCCAGCUACGCCAUGCCCAGCACCAACGUCACCUUGGAGACGCUGCACGGCACUCGGGUAGCGGUGGCCCAGUUCUCCCAGAGCGUCAGGGCGGCGGGCAGCGGCGUUUCUACCAUGGCCAUCCCCAUGAUCCUGGACCAGCUGAUGGCCCUGCAGCAGCAGCAGAUCCACCAGCUGCAGCUCAUCGAGCAGAUCCGCAGUCAGGUGGCUCUGAUGAACAGACAGUCCGCCUCACAGCCCGCUCUCAACCACCACCACCACCACGGUGCCGUGGCUGGAACCCAGGGGCCCGCCUCCUCCUGCGUCCCCCCUGUCGCCACUCAGCUCCAGCUCCACAGCUUCAUCACCCCCCCUGUCCAUCAGCUGCCCGUUCGGCUGCCGGCCACCCUCAACGGCCAAGGCCCGUCACCUCUGACCUCAGCAAUAGAAGGGCCCCUCCCUCAAACACCACAGAGCAGCCAACAGUCCACCCCCUCCCUCCCCAUCACCUCCUCCAAUAAUUCAGUGUUUCCUCCCCCCUCUGGGACCGGCCUGUCGUCCCUCCUCCCCUCCUGCUCAUCUACAGCCACAAACAGCAGCAUUAGCACCAGUAACAGUGGAGCAGGAGGAGGAGGGGGGGGCAUCAGCAGCAGCGCAGCCCUUCCCAGGAACUCCACCACCCCCCCAUCCCUGAGCCACAGCAGCCUGCUGAGCUCCGCCUCCAGUCUACCGCUGAUACCUCACAGUUCGUCCAGCAGCGUUAUCUUCCCCAACCCGCUGGCCAGCAUCGCCGCCACCGCCAACGCUCUCGACCCGCUCUCUGCUUUAAUGAAGCAUCGCAAGGGGAAGCCCCCCAACGUGUCUGUGUUUGACACUAAGCCCAGCUCUGAGGACCCCUUUUUUAAGCAUAAGUGUCGGUUCUGUGCCAAGGUGUUUGGCAGCGACAGCGCCUUACAGAUCCACCUGCGUUCCCACACUGGAGAGAGGCCCUACAAAUGCAACAUAUGCGGAAACCGCUUCUCCACCAAAGGAAACCUGAAAGUCCACUUCCAGAGGCACAAAGAGAAGUACCCCCAUAUUCAGAUGAACCCGUACCCGGUGCCAGAGUACCUGGACAAUGUGCCCACGAGCUCAGGCAUCCCGUACGGCAUGUCUUUACCCCCAGAAAAACCCGUAACCACGUGGUUGGACAGCAAACCCGUCCUCCCCACCGUCUCCACUUCAGUGGGGCUCCAGCUGCCUCCCACUCUGCCGAGCAUGAUGGGAGGUUUCGGUGAGUCUCCGAGCCUCACCCCUCUCAACAGGUCUCCUCAGAGGCCGUCUCCGCCCUCCAGUGAGUGCGCGUCUCUAUCCCCCAACAUCAUAAAUGACUCUGGUAUGACCACUACGUCACCGUCCCCCAAACCCAGCCUCGGCAGUGACGCCCCCCCUCUGUUGAAACCUGAAGGUGUUCUCCUGCCCCCCAGCUACUCCACCCGGCCCGGGGAGAACACCACCACCACCACCACAGUCACUCAAGUGGUACUUUCAACUACUGUUACAUCCACCACGUCGUCCAGCAGCGGCGUCCUGGCCACCGAGCCCAACAUGAGCCCCAACUCCAACCCCGUGUCCCAUCCCGUCCUCCCCAUGCUCUCAGACCAGUUCAAGGCCAAGUUUCCUUUCGGAGGCCUCCUAGACUCUAUGCAAACCUCAGAAACGUCAAAGCUGCAGCAGCUCGUUGAAAAUAUUGACAAGAAGAUGACCGACCCCAACCAGUGCGUCAUCUGCCACCGUGUUCUGAGCUGCCAGAGUGCCCUCAAGAUGCACUACCGGAUCCACACCGGUGAGAGGCCUUUCAAAUGCAAGAUCUGUGGGCGCGCGUUCACCACCAAGGGGAACCUGAAGACCCACUUCGGCGUCCAUAGGUCCAAACCCCCGCUUCGGGUCCAACACUCCUGCCCUAUAUGUCAGAAAAAGUUCACCAAUGCCGUUGUGUUGCAGCAGCACAUCCGGAUGCACAUGGGGGGGCAGAUCCCCAACACCCCCGUCCCCGAGAGCAUCCAGGAGAUGGACACCGACCUCUCCUUCGACGAGAAGAGCUUAGACGCCAUGAGUAACUAUGACGACGACCUCCUGGAUGAAAUGGAGCAGGCUAUAGAUGAUGAACCCGACUUAAAGGAAGGCGAAGUGGACCCGUCUAAACCGUAUUCACCUGGAAGUUCCCCCCCCACCUCCAUCAUUUCUAGCAUCGCUGCUAUGGAGAACCAGAUGAAGAUGAUCGACUCCACCGCCGGCGUGACCCGCCUGUCUACCCACAAGCCACUGCAGAACGGCGGCUUCGGAGUUGACGCCGACUGCUUCACCACCGACUCCCUGUCUGUGGUGGGAGACGCCGAAGGUCAGAGUCUGGGGAGUCCGGCGCUGUCCGACUCCUCCGGUUCCAUGCAGCAUCUGUCUCCGACCCACAGCCCUUCAGAGAGUCAGCCGUCCAAGUCCCCCGUCCUCCUCAACAACAACAACAACGGCGGCGCCAUGACAGCGGAGGACGGACAGGACAACGCCGCCAGUUUGGCAACGGUGAAAUCCGAAAAGUCCGAGACGCCGUCGCCGCUGUCGGCGACUGAAGGCACCGGCGCCCUGGACCUGACGGCGGCUCAGCCUGGGAGGCACUUUAUCAAGGAGGAGAGUCACUUCAACAUGCUGUUUCUGAACAGAGAUAGAGGUCUGAAUAAUCCCAGUCUGUCCAGUUCUGCCUCCAACAUGAUCAAACUGGAGUUGAACGGACACACCAAGCCGGCGUCUCUGAGUGAAAACUCCCAUCUGCCCGUGGGCAUCCAGGUCCCCGCCGCCACCCCCCAGACCACCAUGAGCCCCAGCAUCAACCCCAUGUUGGCGCCCCCGCCCCCCCGACGCACCCCCAAGCAGCACAACUGCCACUCGUGUGGGAAGAACUUCUCGUCGGCCAGCGCUCUGCAGAUCCACGAGCGAACCCACACCGGGGAGAAACCCUUCGCCUGCUCCAUCUGUGGGCGGGCCUUCACCACCAAAGGAAACCUCAAGGUUCACAUGGGAACACACAUGUGGAACAACGCUCCGGCCAGACGGGGUCGCCGUCUGUCCGUGGAGAAUCCCAUGGCGCUGUUGGGCGGCGACGCCAUGAAGUUCAGCGAGAUGUUCCAGAAGGAUCUAGCGGCGCGGGCCAUGAACGUGGACCCGGGCUUCUGGAACCAGUACGCCGCCGCCAUCACCAACGGCCUCGCCAUGAAGAACAACGAGAUCUCGGUGAUCCAGAACGGAGGCAUCACGCAGCUGCCCGUCAGCCUGGGCGGCGCCGGCAUCACCUCGCUGGGCGCCAUGCCGGCAGGAAUGGACCGGGUUCACACCGGCGGCAGCCCCCCCAUGACGGGGAUGGAGAAGGCGGGGCUGGAGGUGGGCGGAGCCAGGCCCUUCUCCAGGUUUAUGGAGGAAAACAAAGAGAUCGGGAUCAAUUAAAGACGCUGUUGUGCGUUAUUCCAAGCUCGGUGUUCGGCAAAGACUCGAAGUCCGACGAGGACUGAACUCACACGUACGAUAUUAUGUACAGAUUAAAUAUUUUUGUUUGGUUUUGGAGAUUAUAGUAUUUAGUAUUGAUUAGAGGUCUUUGCCUUCCACCCGUCCCCCCCGUCACGUGAUAUUUCACAUAUACGAAGAAUACUUUGUCUCUUGUUUGAGAAUAUGUCGUCUUGCAAGAUUUGCAUGGUACUUAUUGGUUUUUAUCAGUAUGUUUGACUGCGUUGAAUUCCUUUCCAAACCAGGAUCCUGCCUCAUUUAUGAUGGACAAGCGUCUACUGGACAGAAAAAGACCCAAAAGACGUCCUCGCCUUCGUCGCGAACGCUUUUUUCUGUCCAACGGAGUCGAGGACAGACCGAAGGACAGACCGAACUUUAAGUGUUUCUGUGCUCGCCUGAUAUUUUUUUUUUUUUUUUUUUUUUUUAAGAACUAGAAAACUUGAAAAAAAUGAUGUUUGAACUAUUUUAAUCUUUACAUUUAGUCUCCCAGCAUUGUCUUAUGAUAUUGUCCUGUGUCUUUAGUAUUUAUGAUAACGACAAAAAAGCGGGUAAACAAAAAUAUAUUUAAUGGCCCAAGCAUUUUAUUGAUCCGUUUUUUUCUAAACUGCAGGCUUCAUCGACGAAUAUCUCUUUCAAUGAAGACAAAACGUCCUUUGAGUUGAACAAAAAGAGAAAAACAGUAGGUUUUAUUUGGAUAUCUGUGUACGUGGUUCCGUGGUAAAGAGGCUGCAGAUAUCCGAAGCUGCUAUGAUCACAACCCUGCUUUUAACCUUUGUAAAAAGAAAAAAGAAGUGAUCCUUUUGAAGAAAUAUCUAUGUAUAGAAAUACAGACAAAUCUAAAACAGGUAUGCAUAUUUUGUAUCACAUAAAAUAGACAUCAGAGUUGAGAGUAUUUGUCAUGUUUGUGAAUGCACUUUUUAAAAACAAGACGUUUUGUCUGUGAGUUACCGUUAACCUUUUGACUGAGCUCUAUCUAUCACGUGCUGUUUUCAUCGUUUUCCGGCGUUCCACUCCUUCGAUUUGCAGAGUCGGUUCUGUUCCUGCAUCUGUGAGUGCAAACUCAUCACUCAAUCAAACCUUCUUAAAUAAAAAAAGAGAACAGA